CUAAUGCGGACUCAUCUCCCGCGCCAGACCACAUGGUUCCCUUUUCUCUCUCAACGCCAACAGCCCCUCCACGUUUACGUUUACGUUUCGCGGAGUGAGUGACCGUCAUCCUCGCAACGUCGUGCAAUAUCCUCGCGAUUAUUCGCGAUUCCAAUCGAUCCCAAGUGUAGGUUUCGUGGGGGGACCAACCCUUUAAGCGGAAUUUUACCCUACCACCCCCUCCCCCUUCCAGCCAUUCUUAUCUGAGGAUUCGAAUGCACCCUGCAAUUUUAUCUGAGGAUUAUCUGUGCGAUUCUCGCGUUAUCUGAGGAUUCUUCGCGUUAUUUUUGCGUUAUCCGCGUUAUUGCGUUAUUGGAUUAUCCGCGUGAUUCUCGCGUUGUAUCCGUUUUUUUUUUACGCGAGUUGGUUAUUUGAGGAUUCUUGCUGCCCUGCAUUUCUAUCUGAGGAUUGUCUGUGUGAUUUUCGCGUUUUCUGAGGCAUUCCCGCGGAAUCCUCGCGUUAUUUGAGGAUUAUCCGCGAAAUUCUGCGUUGUCCGCGAAUAUACGCGAAGUGGGGAUCAGUUGCUCGCUGAAAAAUUUUCCCAGUGUUGGUGCUCUAUACAGUGACAAAUCGUUCGUGAACUUUUUUCCAGGAUGUGGUGAACUCGUUCGCGGAGUUUCGAAGUGUGUUCUGCGGACCGCGGUGUAUUUUUUUCUUCUUUUUUUUGAGUGUUGAGAUGUCGUUGUUUUGAGGGCGGUCGGUGGGUUCGGGUGUGAUUUCGGGGCGCUCGGCGGAAGUGGGUGCUCGCGAGGUUUAUGCACUGCGGCCUGGUCGAGAGGAAAAUCGCGCUGGAUCACCCGGGGGUCCCUGGGGUCCCGGGGGGGUUCGCGAGCUCGCCAUGGGCGGCCGCCGUCCUGGGCCACGCCGGCGGCCUGGGCGACCACCACCCCGCCUACCCCGCCCACCAUGCACCCCCUACGAUGCCCAUGGAUCUGCACGUCCCUCAAGGCUUCCCUUAUUACAGAUACCGAGACGAUGCAUUAUGCUGGUCAGAUAGGAAACCUUCAGUCGAUGAUGUUGGACACCCAACUUCUGUUAACGCACGCAUAUUGGAGCUGAGGAAAGAGAAAAGCAGGGACGCAGCCCGCUCACGGCGGGGCAAAGAAAAUUUUGAAUUCUACGAGCUGGCCAAGAUGCUCCCUUUGCCGGCCGCCAUCACCUCACAACUAGAUAAGGCUUCCAUUAUUCGACUAACCAUAUCCUACCUGAAACUUCGGGAUUUCUCCGGCCACGGAGACCCCCCUUGGUCCAGGGACCUUCCUAUUCAUAAAUCUGUAAAAAAUAAUCCUGGUCGAUCGAGAUCUACAGCCGGUCUGGCGAUGGACCUUUUCGAACAACACCAGGGAACUCACAUAUUACAGUCUUUAGAUGGUUUCGCUUUUGCUCUGGCAGCAGACGGAAGAUUUUUGUACAUUUCAGAAACAGUUUCUAUUUAUUUGGGCCUUUCACAGGUUGAAAUGACCGGCAGUAGCGUUUUCGACUACGUGCAUCAUGGCGACCACAGUGAAAUGGCCGAACACUUAGGACUAGGUCUAUCUCAGGGACAGUCCCCGGGCAGUGCACAUAGUGAAGAUAAUAGUGGUACCUCGACCACCGGUACCGCGAAUCCUGAUGUGUCCAGUCAAAUGUCCUUGAAUACCUCGUCUAUAUAUAAAGGUUUAGAGCGUUCUUUUUGCGUUCGAAUGAAAUCAACGCUAACGAAACGCGGUUGCCAUUUCAAAUCCUCCGGAUAUCGGGUAGUUUUAAUGCUGUGCCGUCUGAGGCCGCAGUACACUUUCUCGCACAGCCGGAAGACGUCUCCGCCCCUACUGGGCAUGGUCUCGCUGGCCAUCGCCCUGCCACCGCCCAGUGUUCACGAGAUACGCUUAGAGUCCGACAUGUUCGUCACGCGGGUCAACUUCGACUUCCGCAUCGCCCAUUGCGAACCGAGGUACAGUGACAGGGUGUCGGAGUUGUUAGAUUAUACUGCAGAAGAACUGACAGGAAUGAAUUUAUAUACGUUAUGUCACGGAGAAGACGUUAGUCGACUUAGGAAAUCACAUCUUGAUCUAAUUCACAAAGGCCAAGUUCUAACUCAUUACUAUAGGUUGAUGAACAAAUGCGGUGGUUUCACGUGGUUACAGACGUGUGCCACAGUUGUUUGCAGUGCCAAAAAUGCGGAAGAGCAAAACAUCAUCUGCGUCAAUUAUGUACUUAGUGGUAAAGAGUAUGAAAAUCUAGUGAUGGAUUGCUGCCAGUUAGAAGAUCAUAUUGCUCAAAGGGUUAAGCGGGAAGAGACAAGCGGGAAUAACCCUGAAAACGGCUCGCCGGAUGCGGAUGGUGGAGACGGACGAAGCAGUGGACCACCGCACAACAGAGAGCACCACUUAACGCCUCCCGAGAUGGAGGACGGAGCGUCGAGCACGCCCGGCGAGCAGCGCGGAAGACAGCAAAUAGACCAUAGUUCUCAGUUACGCCAACAAGCUGAUCAGCAGAUGAGCAGUACGCUGGCGUCGCAAUCACCAAAGAAACCUAGCCUGAUCGAGAAACCGCUGCAGGUGCCGGCCCAGGCUCAAGCACAGGCGCAGACCCAAGCCCAAGUCCAAGGGCGGCGGGUGCAGAAACGGAAGCUCCUUCUUCCAACACAACAUCGGGAGGGCGAUAACAGCAGCUCCGAGGAGGACAUCCCAGCCGCCCGGAGGUGCCUGGUCCUGAGCCCGGCCUCCUCCUGCCACUCCUCCGUCGCCCAACCGAGCCCCCGGCAGCACCCUCCCGAAGAGAACGACCCUCCCGGGCCCACCACGGCCGCCACCUCCGUCAAGGACCUCGAGCAGGCCAUGUCCAAGCACCUCCCCUCCUCGCCGCCCUCCCUCUCACAACCAACCGACUUCAGCACCGACUCCCUCCUCAAACAACAACAACGAAGCACCAUCCAGUGGAUCGGCACCCACCACCUCCAGAACGGCGCCCCGCUCCCCGCCUCCUCCCUCCUCCGCCAGCUCUACGCCAAUCGGGAGAGCGUCAUCCGCGCUACCGUCACUUCCGGUCGCUCCGGCUCAUCCCCAAGCGGCGGGUACUACCCCGGCUCCGAGAUCAACCACGUCGGCCCCUUACCCACUCCCCCCGGCAGCGAGAGCUCCUACUGUGAUCAAUUCCUGAAGUCCUCGACCGAGCCUUUCAGCAUGUACUCCCACUCGGGCACCAACGGCUACGACUACCACUCGGCCAUGACGCCGCCCUCUUCGGUCUCGCCGCGGGACAAACACCAGCAGCAGCUCCACUCCAACGGGGCCUUCGACAACUCUGUGUAUACGGACGUUCUUCGGCACCAGUACUUGAGCUCCGGAAACGGUGGCGACAUCCCCGCCCAGCCGUUCCCGCUCAAACCGCAGCCUUAUGCAGCGGUCCACCCGAGUGCCCUCGACGCCGCGUAUGCUACGGGGUCUCUGGAGCAGUCGCAGUUCUACCACCAUUCCGCCGGCUUCCACCUCUACCACCCGACGGCUUCCAAGGCCUUCUCGGCCGCGUCGGACCCCCUCAAGAAUUCCACCAGUUGGUAUUCCGCGCCGUCGUAGUCCAAUCCAAGGUUCCCCGGUUAGGAAUGUUUUUUCCAAACGGAAAUGUGACCGUCCACAGGGACUCGUCCACGAGGGUGAUUUUUCGGACGGUGAUUUUUUUUCAAGUUGGUCCGUUCGGAAGAUCUAAUUUUCAGUUUUUGACGGGAAAGCACUAUCUCAAGUAGCACAUAUUGUAAUUAAAAAUUAUUGCUAUCGGGCCGGAGUGUAGGGUAUAUCGUCUAUUCACUGAUUGAAGGGACUUCUCUAUCUGAAAUUAAUUCAAAUAAGGUGCAAUUUUUUGCUUCGAAAAUAGACUAUCUUUCUCACCCAUGAAACUCAUUUAAUUGAUCGUUUACAGCCAGCAUUUAUUGACCAAAUAAAGUAAAAUUAUCACUGUUUCGUGGUUAUUAAUUGAAACUGUAUUGCAUUGAAAUAAGAAUUACUUCAAUAUUUUUGUUGCGCUGUGCUACUUGGAUUUAAAUUGUCAAAAAGGUACUUUCGUCAUGUUUUGUGCCAAUAAAUGACGCUACCCUUCUCCACAAGAGCCCUUCAGCCCUCAGCAUUCUUGAGCGUUGCUUGUGCCAAGGUAUUUCCACAAUUCACAUUUGCUGAAAUUCAUACCAAUGUCUCCGUUGUGAGUUCUUCAACAGUGAGGUCCAUUCCCCAUGCCAAGGAUGAUCACCAAAAAUAAUAUCAUUUUCAUCGGGUAGUAUAGUAAUAAGUAACCUCAAUAAAAGUAUAUUACGACACGAUGUGUGCCGAACAAAACUGACGAAAUCCUAAGCCACGUAGGUGCCUACAUUUCGAAGUGUUUUAUGGAGGAUGGUUUGAUCCAAGAAUAAAGCAUCCCAAUUUUUUAGCAAGGCCUAAAUUUUGGUUAAAAUUGACUUAAAACAUACUUAGGAGGAAUACAUACUUACUGCUAAAAUUUUCAAAUUCAAUUGUCCCUUUUUCCGCGUCAUGUCGUUGAUUGUAGGUUCCUUUUGCAAGUUUUCAAAACCACUUGCUCUAUCAAUCUGUAUAAAUUCACGGGCUCAAGAAACUCUUGCGCAUAGGUACUUUUUUAUUAUUUAUUUCAAUUUUUUGUUAACGUUUUGUUUAUGUUUGUAAUUAUCAAUUCCAAUAAUCGUGUAAUUAUGUAUGAUACUGUAUCUAUUUUACUCAGUAAAACUGAUUUUUUUACUUCUCUUUAUCAUUUUUGUACCGAGGUAAAAAUCGAUGAUGUAACAAUACUUCACAUUUACAAAGGGUGCUUUAAAAAAGUCAAGGUGUUUUAGCAGUACCUAAAUUGUUGAUUCUAGAUAAUUUUGAGUAAUGAACUGACAUCAGUCAACUUCUUUAAACAUUUUUAGUGACUGAUAUACUCUUAAGAUGGCUUGAUGCUUUUCUCUUCAUCUUCUAUGUCUUUCGUCCUCUGCUCUUAUUCGUCCUUUCUCUUGAGACAGAUUGCUAUCUUUCUUGAUGUUUCAAUUGUUGUUUCUUUUUUUCCUCGUUGCCCUUUCUGUGACUCAUCCUCUCCUUUAUUUUUUUGUAGCAAAAUGAACACUAAACAGAACACUGAAAUCAUUUCUCUUUACUCUAGCGACAAUGCUAACUCCCUUCCUCAGUUGGAUUCCCUUAAUCUCAUACUUAGACAAGCAUUAAUUUUCCUCUGUUUUUCUGAUGUACUCUUGGAGUAAGGCUAGCAGGAUAUUGGAUGCGCCAGUUUUUAAUCAGGAGAAUUUGGCAGCCAUUAAUGUGAGCAUGACUGUGCUCCCCAUAUAAAUUAUUACACUGAGAGUGCACAUUUUUAACUUUCCAGUUUUCUGUUUCAAACAGUUAAGAUUUCUAAUGUUUGAAAUACAUACCCACAGUUUAUCAGAAACGCACUCAUAAUUCAUAAUUUUUUUUUUUUUUCCGAAUUCCAAUCUUUGAUUUCCAAGUUGGACAAAAAAUAGGGAGAAAUUGUGCUGUGAUAUAAUUUAUUAAUAGUGAAUUUGUAAAAUGCGAAUAAUAGGAAAAUCUUAGAAGGUUAAGUAAACCAUAAAUUAAGUUGUUUUUUUCUUGUACCUUAAUGUAUACCUGUGAAAUCUCUCCAUCUCAGUAUUUUUCAUUUUCAUCUCUUCGUCCGCUUACUUGUAAAAUUUCUGUUUUCGUACGUCACUAAAGAAGAAUGUCUAAUAGUUACAAUUUUUGUACAAUGCCGAAAGAAAAAGACCAUGAGCAAGAAUAGAAGUAAAAAUUCAAGUAAAGAGAAUCAUGUGCAAUAUUUUUUUUUACGUUCUUUGCGAUUGGUUGUAAAUGUAACUGUGUACUCCUAUGUCUUUGAAAAUUAUCUGUUAUUAUUCUUUUUAUCAUAAUAUCAUUAUUAUUUUUUACAUUAUCCUUUUAAUCUAUAGUAUCAUUAAUCAAUGAAGAAUGUGUGUUAUCUUACAAAUUUUUAAAAAUACCUGCUUGUCCUCAUCUAUGGAGGUAAACUUUCAGUCCGACUUAAGCUACCAAGGUGCAUAUUUUUCGUAAAAGUACUUAAAUUGAGUGGAAACGAUCAUAAAUAACUCGUCAUCGGGUAAACUAGAAAGCCAAUAAAAGAACUUAAGUUAAACAUUGGCUCCGAUAACUUCCAAAAUGUCUCCAUCAUAAGGUAUUUUUAAAAUUGAUUUCUAAAUAUUUUUAAAUAAUAUUUUGUAACUGUACAUAUGCAACGUUAUAUUAAAAAUUCAGAAUGAUUCACGUUUAAA